CAGGCCCGCUCCCCUCCUGUGUCCCCUCUGCUGGCAUGAGUGAGGAUUAAGGAGCAGGGAGGCUGCACCAGAGGACCACAGGAUUGGGAUUGGAAAGCUUGGGCAGGACUGGAUUAUUUUUGUGAAUUUAAAGACCUCAAACUGGACUGCAGAAACAGGCUUUUUUAUUUACUGGAAUUUUUGACUGGAGUCUGGAGGAGCCUAAAAAGUAACUGGAGCAGCAAUAAGACAACUCAGUAAUCAGCCUAGAACUGGGUGUUUCUGAUUGCACUGAGACCAAGUGGUGAGAACAGAAGCUUUCUGUGUGCCUGAUGACCUCAGUCCAGAGGAGAGACAGGAGCUGGAGAGCAUCCGCCGCAGAAAACAAGAACUACUGCACGACAUACAACGGCUGAAGGAUGAGAUAGCAGAGGUGACCAUAGAGAUUGAAAGCCUGGGCCAGACUGAAGAGAGGAAAAGUAUGCAGAGGAACAAACAGAUGGCCAUGGGCCGAAAGAAGUUCAACAUGGACCCGAAGAAGGGGAUUCGGUUCUUGAUCGACAGCUCUCUCCUGAAAAACACUAGUGAUGACAUAGCCCAGUUUCUCUAUAAGGGGGAAGGUCUUAAUAAGACAGCCAUUGGCGACUACCUUGGGGAGAGAGAUGACUUUAACAUCGAGGUUCUGCAUGCCUUCCUGGACUUACACGAGUUCACAGAUCUGAACCUGGUCCAGGCCCUUCGACAGUUUCUGUGGAGCUUCAGGCUGCCCGGUGAGGCACAGAAGAUCGACCGCAUGAUGGAGGCGUUCGCUCAGAGAUACUGUCGCUGUAACCCCGGGGUGUUUCAGAGCACAGAUACGUGUUACGUUUUGUCGUUCGCUGUGAUCAUGUUGAACACCAGUCUACACAACCCCAACGUGAAGGACAAACCAUCCGUUCAGAGAUUCACAGCAAUGAACCGAGGAAUCAACGACGGAGGAGAUUUACCAGAGGAGCUACUCAGGAAUCUGUAUGACAGCAUCAAGAAUGAACCCUUUAAGAUCCCAGAGGAUGAUGGGAACGACCUCACUCACACUUUCUUUAACCCCGACAGAGAGGGAUGGCUGCUCAAACUCGGAGGCGGACGGGUAAAAACCUGGAAGAGACGGUGGUUUAUCCUUACUGAUAACUGCCUCUACUACUUUGAAUAUACCACUGAUAAAGAACCUCGAGGAAUUAUUCCACUGGAGAAUCUGAGUAUCAGAGAAGUUGAUGAUUCCAAGAAACCGAACUGCUUCGAGCUCUUCAUCCCGGACCACAAAGAUCAGGUGAUCAAAGCCUGCAAGACAGAGGCAGACGGCCGAGUCGUCGAGGGUAACCACACUUUUUACAGGAUCUCCGCCCCGACUACAGAGGAGAAGGACGAGUGGAUCAACAGCAUCAAAGCAGCCAUCAGCAAAGACCCGUUCUACGAGAUGCUUGCUGCUCGGAAGAAGAAGGUCUCAACUCUGAAGGGUCUGUAGAGCCGCAGAGGAUUGGAUCUUGACUCUGGACCUGAAACUUGUGGACCUGCUACAGAGGAGCUAUCUUCUGUCAUCUUCAGCAGCUUGUUCUCUUCAGGUUUGAUUUGAAGUCUUUGACUUCUUUAUCCUAUUUGAACACACUCCUCCUACAGUCCUGCCUUUAUACAUCAUUCUCUGUUCUCCUCUUUAAACCUGCUGGAAGGACUGUGAAACAUGAAGAAGACAAGAGCUGGGAUGAGAAACUGACUGGAACAAAAAUAAUUGUAUCUGAAUUAGGAUUUAUAAACACUUAUGCACCAUGUGAUGAAAAACUUGUUACAGUCAAAGGAGUUUGAGGUGUUGAAUGAAUCUCAUCCUACAGGAGCAUGGGCCUGAAACCAUUUUUUUAAAGUUUAAUCACUAAAGGUCUGUUUUCUAGACUUAAAAAAACCCUGUCUCAUUUAUUUAAAUACUUGAUGAAGAAAUCAACUGGAAGAUAAGAAGUGCAGGACUCAUCUCAUCCAGGACCUUAUUGUUACACCUGUUUUGCCAUAAAAUAUUUUUGUUUUUCCAAGCCUGUUUUCUUACUGCUGUUUGUCUUUAGUCAAAAAAACUGUUACUGAAAAAUGAAGGCAAUGCUCAAAAAGCAUGAUAUUUAUUUAUCCAGAUUUCCUGUAAUUUAUUGUUUUAAGUUCUUUUUGUUCUCAUUAAAAGUUUGCAGAACAACAAA